GUAACCCCGCCCUUACCCCUCACUUCCUGGCUGCCGUCGUAACAAUGGAGAAUAUGGCGGAUUGAGGGGACUUCUGGGUGGAGAAGCCGGAAUUUAACGGACACCCGAGGGCACAACUUCUCCUUAAGGUGCUUUUAAGUUGCCAUAUUAAUCAACAUGGAGAGUAGCGAUUCUGGAAAAGGAACUGCUGACCAAUCGGAGUCCCAGCGUCAAAGCCAAAUGGACAGACUCGAUCGUGAAGAAGCUUUUUAUCAGUUUGUAAAUAACCUUAAUGAGGAAGAUUACCGGCUCAUGAGGGAUAACAAUUUAUUGGGAACUCCAGGGGAGAUAACGAAAGAGGAGCUGCUGAGAAGACUGCAGCAAAUCAAAGAGGGACCACCUCCACCAAAUACUGAUGAAAAUAGAGGUACUUAGAAUAUUUUAAGGGAAUUAACAUUAAACCAUUAGUCUCACU